AUGUAUGACUCAAACCUGGGUGAUUUUACACUUGUCAACUACGACAAUACACCACCCGGUGUCAAUUUUACCGCUACAAACAAAGGCAAAGGCUUGCGAAUUUCAUUUGACAGCAAUGUGUACAACGUAAGCGGGGGUGACCUUACCGGAACAUACACCACCGUUCAGUUUCACUUGCACUGGGGAUCAAGCAACGACAAAGGAUCGGAACACACUGUGGACGGGGUGAUGUAUCCUGCCGAGGUGUGUUAUGUUUGAUGCUAUGCGGCAGCGUUAAGCUUCGUAUGAUGGAAGUAAUUACCUUGGUAAAAGCUGAAACGAUGGCGAAGGAAAAACGCUUUUCACACAGAAAUACAUAAAUUCUUUACUCAAAAAAAGACUGCAGCAAGGUACUAAAGAAUAUAACUUGGGAUAACAGUCGUCUUCGCCUUAAAACUGAGUUUCCUGGAUUUCGCCGAGCAAAGCAUAUACAUUAUUUCGACGAAUCCAAACCAUACUCUACACAUCCUUACGAACAUUUGAGUAUUUAACUUUAGGUACCUUUGUUUCUGCUUAGUUUCCAUUGCUCUUUAAGGCAUAAAUAAGCAAUUUUCAAGGUCAAGGAUUUUUCUCUCAAACUAGACGAUUACUGGGGGUGUUUGAAACCAACCAAUAGACUGAAGCGUUUGUUUUUCUGUUCCGCGCGUUAAGAGAAUGGUUAUACUAUGUUAUAAAAAAAGUUCCAUGCUUUUAGCUGUGGGGUAGUAUGUAAACAAGAGAAGAUAUCCUCUCUUCAUAUGACUAACGAGCUCAUUUCAAUUUGCAGAUUCAUUUUGUCAGCUAUAACACUAAAUACCCAGACAUCGUCGAGUCACUGUCUCAUUCUGAUGGUUUGGCCGUUCUCGGUGUCUUUCUUCAGGUAGGCGCAUCCUUUCACUCCCAGGUCUGUUUCCAUGUCCCAUACUCCUUUCCAAAAGUAGCUACAUGUAAGGUAAUCCGGAUUCCGGAAUUAACGAGAUUUUUGCCCGUGGAUUCCGGAAUGCAGCAAAUUUUUCGUUUGUAAUCCGGAAUCCCUGUUCCCCUGACAAAGAAUCUUGAAUCUAGUACUUGGAAUCCGGAAUCCACAGCGUCGAAUCCAGAAUUCUAUUUCGGAUUUCCUUGCAUGGGGUGACAAAGGCAUCAAUUGUGUUGUAUGAAAAAGCGCAAGCUUAUGCUUCUUCAAGUUUGUCGAAAGGUGUUGCCUUUUUAAGGUGACAUAAACUGAAAAUGACUUAAUCAAGGUUAAUAUCCUGUGGUAUAUAGUUCCACAGAUAUUAGUAUUUUCAAAUAUUGAAAGUGGAAUAGUUUCAAAGGCAAGGUCGUUAUUCGCAAAGGCGUAGUGCAUAAUUUGAAAAGGAAUUAAGAUAUUCAUUGUUUUGUUAUUACUUUCUAAAUGUUAGGUUGGCUCAAACGAAAAUCAGGCCUAUAAAAAAUUCUUGGAUCAAAUCAGCUAUGUGAAAAACAUGAGUAAGUGGUUUUUACAUUUUGUGCUGUGUUGCGAAAGUAAUAGAGACCUCUAGAUUCCUUUGACGAGGAAGACUACGAGGACAACUACAAGGAUCAAUUGAAUAGUAAGCAGUGCUUGUGCAUGAACCAGCGUCAUUUUGGCGGGAAAUGAGAUAGCCGUCGUCAUUCUAAUACGAGUUUUUGCAAGAGUGUCAUCGUGGUGGCGGAAACGAGUUAUAUAUAAAAAAAGGUUACAGGUUUUAUCAUUUUACGACCGGGAUACCGAGGGUUUAACCUCCUUCAAUAAAGAUAACAGUGCUGACUUUUCUAGUGAAAAAAAGUACAGUAAAGCUUUCCGGGAUGUCUAUUUUUCAGCUCGAGAAAACCUGAAGUCAAAACUCGUACUAGUUCGUAGUCGUUCUCGUCUCAAAAUUUAAUGGUCUCUAGUGUUAAAUAAACAGGCUGUGAUGUUUAAAUCAAAAUUUUCUCGUAAAGGAGGAGCUUUUGCUCAGACAUUUUGAGGCUGACCUCACACUGAAACGGUUGGUUUCAAAAAUAUCUUACUCUGGAGAUUAGAAAUAACUAAAUGGAAAAUCUAAGAGUGGAUGCUUCGCGAAUGCCCGAUGCCUGACACCUCAACGAUAGCAUGAGAAUACAGCCACCUCUCAUCAUGACUCCUCGUUGCUGCGACUCUUCACGUUAUUUUUGAGGCCCGAACGCAAACGCCUCUCUCGCAAAACGUACCAAAUAAGGGCGACCGUAUUCCGAGGUUAAUUAACUGCAAUUCGGCAUUGAGGCAGGUCGUUGAAUAGACGCGUAAUAUACACAGUUAAUGAAUGUGGCUAGCAUUCUAUUAGCUUUUCAGAAAGGGACUUUUUACAAAAGCUAACCAUUUGUGCCCUUGCUUAACCCAUUUUUCUCCUUUUUGCAUGAUAUAUACUGCUAUUUUUCUUCACAAAAAUACUCAUACUGUAUUUCAUAUAUCUUGCACGUUGUUUGAUUGUCAGUAAUCACAAUUCGUCUUUCAAUCCACAGGUGGGGACGAGAUAAAAUUUUCAGCCUUUCCGCUUAUGAGUCUCCUUCCAACGGAAAAGACCAAGUACUAUCGAUACCCGGGCUCCCUGACAACCCCGGGUUGCCAAGAGGCUGUUACCUGGACUGUUUUCAAAGAUCCUGUCGAGAUAUCGCAGGCUCAGGUAAAACUUGCAAUUUCUUGUUUUUGGUUAUUAUUAUUAUGGUUCUUUUCCAAGGAUGCAUGGGGGAUUUAUUUGAUUCAUUCAUGUUUUUCUAACUAUUAUCAGUGGCCCAUAUGGGCUCCAGCUUGUUUACAGCUCCUGUAUACGUCGAAGCCAUAAUAAUAAUAAAGACCUUAUUAAUGUUUCAAAUGCCUAGCUUACAUGGAGUGUAAACUAAUUGUGGACACCUGACUAUCUAAAAAGGAAAAUCAAACACCUAAAAUAAACAAACUCGGAAACCCUGCCCGCUUCAUUAAUUAUUCUCAGAGUUACACAUGUGACAGUUCUUAAGGUUUCAUUUCUAAUGAGGUCCUCAAUGUCCACUUUUCUUGCCUGGUUCUUUAAAGAAGCAAGUGUUAAAGAACUUUUACUGUGCAUACUCAAUUUGGACCAUAGUUAUUACAGCGCCAAUAUAUCUAAUACUGUGUUUCCCAUAGGUGGUGGUGUUUAUUCUUGGAAUCAUAAAACUGCCUGAAUUUCUCAGGUUAUAACUUCGGUUGCUUAAAUUUAAAAUAUCGGAUAUAUAACUAGGGCAUAAAUUAUACUUAACUUUGUACAUUACGAUUGAUAUCUGCUGCAGCCUUCGGUUCAGCAAUGAGGGGAAUUUAGCCCUUACAACGGUCAAUCGUGUCAAUCGUACGCACUGCAUUUAUCACAACAGACUGAUCUAAGCACUCUUUCUUGCAGUCUCUCAAUCUUCGGGCUAUCAGAUUUUCUACAAAAGUGCCAUACCGUCUGACAAUAAGUUAAUUGUGGCAAAAUAAAAGAUUUUUAAACUAGGCUAAGCUUUGCUAAUGUUGGUAUUAAAAUUUUCAGUCUCUUCAGGACCCCUAUUUUCCUAGAUACUCUUUUAGAUAGUUCUUCUAAGUGGCUGGUAAACUUCAGAUGCUCAGGGACACCCAAUACCUUCACUUAAGCACUUCAUCACUUGCUUAGUAAGCGUUUCAUUGAAACUACUCGCCUGCAACUUGUUGUUCCAUUUGAGGUUUGAAAAUUUACACUCAUCAUUUCUAUGGUCGAUAAGAGUACAGACUACGAAAAAAUGUUGUCGAUUUGUUGAUUGAUAGUUCCCUUAGGAAAAAAGUUAACAGGUUAAUCUUGUUUCCCUAUAAUCCCAAUAAACGGAGACAAAAAAAGUAUUUUCUCCCUCUGGUCAGCACCAGCUUUUCUUGGUAUUUCUCUGUGUCUUGAUGUUCUCAAAACUGAACUCUUUUAUGACUUAUAUGCAUAAUUAUAAGCAGCCAAAGAGUACGUAAAUUGGCUAAAGAAAGUAGGUGUUGUUUAAAUAUAACAGUCUUCGAUUGGCUUUUUAUCCUAUGGGGAUUGGACAGAAAAGAAACUGAACAAAGUAAUAUAACACUGAGGCCUCUUUGACGACAAGAAAACGUUCCUAUUUCUUUCGACGGUUCCCUUAAUUCUUUGGCAUACGUCUUUUAAUUUUGGACUUUUAGAGAGUUAAAAGUUAUGGUCUUCUGGAAUUCUAGAGGUGGGGACCUCAAAAUUAGUUCGCAGUCCAUAACCGUCAAUAAAAAAAUAUAUGCCCGUCCUACCCCCGCCCUCUCCCUUUUAAAUGCAACAGCUCCACCUUGUUACCAGCUCCCCAUCUCGACCAAACUUACGAGAUUGACGUUAUUGCUGCGCUUUGAUACACUAAAUGAAGGUUUUAAACGAAGAAUUCUGGUCUUUGUUUCUGAUUAGCUCGACCAUUAAUUUCACUAUUAUAGUAUGGGGAUCGAGAUGUUGCAGAACCUUUCAUAAACAAGAAGAUUCUCGGACCUUUCGCAACAUGUCUCACGUAAAGCAUUUUGCACGAAAAUUUGUCCUAAUAAUUAUUAUGCAAGAAUUAAAAAGUAGCACAAGUUCGGUGCAUAAAUUACUGGGUGUUUCGAUACUGUUUUGCAUAUUACAAACGAUUUAUAGACUUUGAAUGAAAAAUUGAACACAGUUGUUAAAAGGUAGAAUUAUAGGCACAAAUAUAGAGUAAAUCAGUUCACUUACACAAACUUGGGUUUGUCGUUGCUUUUUCUGUGUAUCCAUGGCUGAGUUUUUUGCCUGCUCAGUUUAUCGCCAGUUUUCCACGGCUUUGCGGCUCGUUGUUUGUUGGGUGUUGUUUUCCUACAUAAGGGGAAGCAAGACCGGUUACUCUGUGCAGUCUCAACACACAAAUCUCUCCCUUAUCAAAGAAGACCGCACUGAUUCGGCAUGAGAACACCAAAUCCUUAAAGGCCAGAUAAAGUUCUCACCUCUUUCCCUCGUCAUGGGUAUUGCGAUGAGUUUUUGGUGGGAAAAACUGCAGAAAACUUUUGUUUCUGGGCAAUCUGGCGUGCGCUCAGGAAAUUCAAUGACAACGCGCCAGUGCGUGGUGAACACGGACACUUUACAUACGCUCCUCUCAUUGGCUAUUUCCAAACACCGCUCACGCGCAAUCAGUGGACUAUUUGAGGGUAGGAAGAUCCAUGUUCCAUCUUUCGUUGAAGAAAUAAAUCCCAUUUUCUUUUUCACUUUACAGCUGGAUGUCCUGCGUAUGAUGAAGUACAACGACACCGUGAACAUUGUUAACAAUUACCGCCCCGUUCAGAUGCUCAGCAACCGUGAAGUGAAAGCCAGCUUUGGCAUGAUAACGACUGCCCCUCCUGUCACAAGGACUGCCCCUCCUGUUACAACGGUUGCCCCUUCUGUUACAACGGCUGCCUCUUCUGUUACAAUGGCUGCCCCUUCUGUUACAACCGAUGGCGUUGCUCUCAAAAUAUCAAAUGUCGUAUUGGUGUUGGCGCUCUUCCUAGGAGCAGCCUUCUUUAAUUAA